GCUUGUUAUCUGUUUGACCAAUAGACGUCCUCUGCGUUCGAAGCAGUGAAUCGUGGUUCAGUUGAUUCGGUGAAUCAGAAGGAUUCAUUCUCCCGUUACUAACGUAAGCUCAUCCAUUUGUACGCACCGAUGUAGCCACAUGAAGCAUUGUUUGCCUAAACAUGUCAUUGUGACAUUUAAAGAAAGUGACACGCCACGUGAACCUUUGGCGCAAACGAAUCGUUUAAAGGUCGUGAAGUUUGAAUCGCCUCGGAAGAGAUCCGCCCUCCGCGCAGAGACAGGAAAGAUGGCCGAAAGCGGCAGUGAAUCUCGAGCUGAUGUUACAGCAAACCACGCGUCCGAGUCAGGGGAAGCUGACCUCAGGAGCGUCCUGGUCACAAGCGUGUUGAAUUUAGACAAGCUGGACACCGACCUGUACAGAGGCUCUCAUCACUGGGUUCCUCGCACUAAACGUCUGUUCGGGGGACAGAUUGUUGGACAGGCUCUUGUAGCUGCAGCCAAUUCUGUCAGUGAUGACCUCUAUGCCCAUUCACUGCACUGCUAUUUUGUGAGAGCAGGGGACCCGAAGGUGCCUGUGCUCUACCAGGUGGAAAGGACUCGGGACGGCCGCAGUUUCUGCGUGCGCUCCGUCAAAGCCAUUCAGCACGGUCAGCCCAUCCUGAUCUGUCAGGCGUCGUUUCACACGCGGCAGCCGAGUCCCCUGGAGCACCAGUUCAGCAUGCCCUCGGUGCCGCCGCCGGACGCGCUGCUCACCAUAGAGGAGCUCAUUCAGAGAUACCUCAGCGAUCCAAACUUGGCAGACAACACGCGACAGGGUCUGAAUAAAAUCCUUGCCGAUGAAGUGCCUAUAGAGAUCAAGCCGGUCAACCCUCCUGAUUUCUACAGGCGUGUUGCCAUGGAGCCAAAGAAAUUGUUCUGGGUGCGAGCCAGAGGGCAUAUAGGACCCGGGGACAUGAAGCUGCACUGCUGUGUGGCAGCGUAUGUGUCCGACUACUCCUUCCUGGGAACGGCUCUGUUACCUCACCCGAAGCACAGGGCCCAGUUCUCCGCCUCUCUGGAUCAUGCCAUGUGGUUUCACAGCACCUUCAGAGCGGACGAGUGGAUGCUGUACGAAUGCGAAAGCCCGUGGUCAGGAGGGAGCAGAGGCUUAGUCCAGGGCCGCUUGUGGAGACAAGAUGGCGUUCUCGCGGCGUCCUGCGCACAAGAGGGAGUGAUACGAGUGAAGAGCUCUCCUCGGAGUCAGUUAUAGAGGACUGAAGAAAGAGUACCAGACUCUCGAGAUGCCUUACAAUCACUGCUGUCGAAAGAUUAAUCGCGAUUAAUCGCAUCCAAAACAAACGUUUACGUCAUAUAUGUGUUUAAAUAAAUACGCACAUGCGUUUAAGAAGUAGAUGCCUAGUCCUAGACUAAAAUGUAAGUCUGAGCUGUUUCAACCGCAUAGAAACCUAUACUGGCUAAAUUUAAAAUACAUCAGUGCCUUUGUUUUGUCAAAAACCCCAAUGUUUUAUCAUAUGGCCUGGUCAACUAAUGAUUAACUAAGCGCUGUCUAUGAACAUAUAUAGGGAUAUAAAUAAAUACAAGGAAAUAUGGAUGAGUGUAUAUUCAUAAAUACACACAGUACACACAUUACAACGUAAAUAAAAACUUUGGAUGCAAUUAAUCGCUACCUACUACUUACAAUAAUUUAAAAACUGAUUUUUUUGUCAUAUUGCGAAGCACGACCAAUGUUAAGAUUGUCUGCAGUGCUAUAUGGCAGCAUUAACGAGACUUUAUGAUUUAGAUUAAUCUUGUUUAAAAGUCUACAUCAGAACGGAUUCAACGUCUUUGCAGGUGUGUGUUUUUAACGAUGGGACUUUGCGUCUUCGUUUUUGUAUUUUUGAGUUUACGACCAAAACACUUGAAGUCUUCCACGACAAGCUCCAGUCACACAGCGAGGUGCACUUUAAUUAUAUAUAGCAUUAUUUAAAAUCGUUAUCAAUAAACGGAUCGACCUGA